AUGAAAAAAAUCAUCGAGUCCGUAGAUAAAUCUGGGUGUACGCUUACACAGCUCGAUACGUUGCAAGCUUCCCUCCAAAACAAGUUAAUGGGAAGAAAAUUCUUAAUUGUACUAGAUGAUUUUUGGGCUGAAGAGAACGAAGAGGGAAAAUGGAAAACAUUAAGUGGAACAUUAAGUUGUGGGGAAGAAGGAAGUAUUGUUGUGAUGACAACACGGUCAGAGAGAACUUGUAGAAUGAUGGCUAAGGUUGGUGAGUUACAACAUGAACUGGGAUGUUUAUCAGAAGAGGACUCGUCGUUAUUAUUCCAGAAGCAUGCAUUUGCACAAGGAAGAGUGGGGGAUGACGAACGUAAGCUAGAGCCUAUUGGAAGGGAAAUAGUUGUGAAAUGUAAGGGGCUGCCUUUGGCGGUGAAGACUUUGGGCAGCUUAAUGUGGUCAAAAAGUAAUAGCAACGACUGGCAACGUGUGAAAGACAGUAACAUAUGGAACUUACAAGAAAAUAAUGUCUUGCCUGCUUUAAAGUUAAGUUAUGAUAACUUGGUUCCACAUUUAAAGAGAUGUUUUUCUUAUUUUUGUUUGUUUCCUAAAGGCUAUAAAAUAAAAAAAGAUGAACUGAUUUUGCUGUGGGUAGCAAACGGUUUCAUUCCGCCCAGAGAAGAAACAGACAACUUGUAUGUGAUUGGAGAAGAAAGUUUUAAUUGUUUGGUUUGGAAAUCCCUCUUCCAGGUGGAUGAUGAUGAUACAUGUAAAAUGCAUGAUCUAGUGCAUGACAUGGCACGGCAUGUAAUGAAACAUGAUUGUUUAGUUAUAGAGCCUACUUGUAAGGAGGUUAAAAUCCCAGAUGAGGUGCUUCAUUUGAGCUCGUCAUGUCUGGAUGAAAUGUUAAUUUUAUCAUCUGAGGAUUUAGGAAAGUUAACAUCAUUAAGGUCAAUAUUCAUGUUCGGGGAGGGGGAUGUAGGUUGCAUCAGUCAUCUUUUCAACCACAUGUAUGUAAGGGUAUUACACUUGGAUCUUACGGAGUUAUGCACAUUACCAGAAUCAAUUUGUAAACUCAAACAUCUGAGAUACUUGAAUUUAUCAAAGUCAAGUAUAGAAGCUUUACCCGAGUGGAUUAUGUAUCUCCAAAACUUGCAAGUGUUGAUUUUAUGUUGGUGUAGCAGAUUGCGUAAAUUGCCUGAAUCGAUUUGCAAGCUGAGAUAUCUGAAAUUCUUGACCUUACUAGGCUCGGGAAUAGAAGUUUUACCUGACGGCCUAAAAGACAUGAUUAGCCUUCAACGUUUGGACAUCAAUGGUUGUGAUUCACUCCGACAUUUGCCGUUUGGAAUCGGGAAACUAACUAGUCUUCGAAUGCUUCCACGAUUUCCUGUCGGUAAGGAGAGAGGGGCCAAAAUAAGUGAAUUGGGGGAUUUAAAUCUUCUUGAGGGGAGGUUGGAGAUAGAAGGAAUUAAGAAUGUUGAAGGUUUAAGUGAGGCCAAGAGUGCCAAUCUCAUAUGCAAAACAAAUCUGUCGAUGUUGCUGUUAGACUGGUCGGACAAGGGUACCUAUACCUGGGAAGAAAUUACACCAGAAAUGUUUCCAGAAGAGGUUCUUGAGGGAUUAGAGCCAAAUCCAUCUUUAGAGAUAUUGAGAAUGCGUGAGUACAUGGGAAAGACCAUUUCUCCAAGUUGGAUGGACAAUUUAAGGAAUUUGGUUGAAAUUGUUUUCUAUGGGUGUAAGAACUGUGAGCGUAUUCCACCACUUGGGAGACUUCCCUGUCUUAGGGUUAUUCAGUUGGUGGAUAUGCAUUCUUUGAAGUAUUUUCACGAUGAUGAUAUAAACAUGUCAAUAGAUAACACCGAUAUGUUUAUUUGUUUACAAAGAUUAGAGAUCCAUUGGUGUCCAGAUUUGGUUUCCUUGCCAAGUAACCUUCCAAACCUCAUGGUUUUAGAAGUAACAGAUUGUUGGAGAUUAAUUUCCUUACCAGAUAAUCUUCCAAAACUGGAGGAUUUAGAAUUGAAUGGUUGCGACAAAUUAAUUUCUUUACCGUGUAAUCUUCCAAGCAUCAGAAAGUUGAAAUUUGAAUAUUGUGAUGGAUUACUUUCUCUACCGGAUGAGAUUCCGAGUUUCAAGGAUCUAAACAAACUUGAGAUAAGAAGUUGUAAACAUCUAAGUAAAAGGUGUAAAAGAGAGAAGGGUGAAGAUUGGCAUAAAAUUUCUCACAUUCCCGAUCUAAGUAUUGAUGCUCCAAUGUAA